AUGCCAGUAUGUCUCCUCUAUUUAUUUCUACACAUUUAAAUUAAUUAGUGCAAAUUAGUUUAUAAUGCCUACAGUUCUUAUCAGCAUUUGUUGAGUGGAGGCGAUUCAGCUAAGUCGUCUCAUUUAGCUCAAGUUCAUUGAUUAAAAUCCGUCCUAUUGUGUUAAAAUUGUUUUUGAAACUUGGUUUCAAAAUUCUGGUUUAGAUAACCCAUAGGUUUUAAUAAAUCUGUUAAUAAAAUGAAUGACGACACUCCAAGAGUCCUCUCCAUCCAGAGCCAUGUGGUGCACGGUCAUGCUGGCAACAAAAGUGCAGUCUUCCCUCUGCAGGUUUUGGGCUUUGAGGUGGACUCUAUAAACACGGUCCAGUUCUCAACCCACACAGCUUACAAACACGUGAAAGGCACAGUGCUGAAAAAUGAAGAGAUGGAAGACCUGAUCCAGGGGCUGGUGUUGAAUAAUGUGCACUUCUACACGCACCUUGUGACCGGCUACUCAAGGUCACCCGAGUCUUUGAAGCAAAUUGCUGGAAUCAUAAAAAAACUGAGACAGAAGAAUCCAAAUUUAAUUUAUGUUUGCGACCCAGUAAUGGGAGACAAUGGAAAGAUGUAUGUACCAGCCGACAUCCUGCCAGUCUACAGAGACGUGGUGGUUCCGCUCGCAGACAUUCUCACUCCGAACCAGUUUGAGGCGGAACAACUGACCGGAGUGAAAGUCAACAACUUGGAUGAUGCACUCAGGGCCAUUCAGGUGCUACAUGACAAGGGGGUGAAGACUGUGGUGCUGUCCAGCUCCGAUUUGGGAGAUGAGGACACUAUGAUUGGCAUUGCCAGUAGUCAUGGCUCAUGCUACACAAUUGAAAUACCGAAAAUCAAAGCUUCAUACGUCGGCACUGGAGACCUAUUUGCUGCACUCUUCUUGGCAUGGUUCUACAAGACUGACAGUGACCUGAAAAUUAGUUUGGAAAAGACCAUUGCUACUCUGCAAGCUAUUGUAAAGGACACUUUUGAGAAGGCUAGAGCUAAACAGCCUACUGGGGAUAUCCCGCCGGCUUUAAUGGAACUUCGGCUGGUUCAAAACAAAACCACCAUAGAAAACCCAGGAAGCCUCAUCAAAGCCGUACAGUUCAACCGGAGCCAAUAGUAC